GGUCAUUCUAUCUAUUGCUUAUUUCAGCCAGAGCAGCAUCGCUGGACGUUUUAUUAUUGUCUGUGGAUAUCCCACCGAUACACCACACUUCUUCUAAAAAGAGAGUGUGACGGCUGCAGUCAUGGUGAGGCUAGACCUGGGAAGUGUAGCCCUCCGCAGGAUGAGGCUAGAGGACAUAGAGGCGGUCAAAGGUUUGAUAAAGGAGGGCUGCGAGGGCACGGAGAACCGGCUGAUCCUGCACCUCCUCACUCGGCCCCUGGCACUCUUCAUGCUGGCCGUGCUCUCCUCCAUCUUGCGCUGCGUCAUGCACUCCUUCAUCCUGGCCUUGGUCAUCCCCGUGUUCAUCCUCAUCAUCUACCUCAAGCUCACGCUGCCUCGCUCCACUGGGAUCCUGGGAGCGCGCCGGCCUUACUGGGACUACGUGGGCAGCACCUACCUGGCGGAGAAAGACUCUGAACUGGAGAACCCCUACUCGCGGAUGGCCAGGCCGGUAGGGGCCAAGGGCAAGACCCAGGAGAAGGCCAAGCGGAGGAAGAAGAAGGAGGAGAAGGCGAAAGAGGCUGAGAACCACGACAUGGAAGACCUGCAGGACAGAGCGCGGGUGGCGGGGGAGGUGUGGGUGGCGGACAACGACGGGGAGGUCAUCGCCUGCGUGUCCAGGGAGCCGGUCCACCGCUCGGGGGUGACCCGCAUCUGCCGGCUGGUGGUGCAGAGCUGGUACCGCAGGGAGGGCCUGGGCGGCCUGCUGGUGCAGUCGCUCACCAACCGGGAGAAGGAGCGCGGCGCCCGCAGGGUCUACGCCCACGUGCCCUUCCCCUCCCGCGUGGGGGAGCUCUUCUUCAGGAAGCUGGGCUACCGGCUGCAGGGCGAGGUGGCCGACGGGGAGGAAGAGCAGAGCAAGGACUUCGAGGAGCCUCAGAGGGGCUGGCUGGGAUUCGCCGUCACCAAAGUGUUUGUGAAGGACCUAUGAGGCGGGUUGGCAGCGGGGGCUUCCAGCGCAGAGACACAAGGCAGCUGCACUCCUCUGUAUCAGCACAUCGUUAGCGUCUCUUUGAAGAGCAAAUAAACCAGCGUGAGAAGCCUGCCUGAAAUGGGUCUUGUGAAGCGGUGGCUAGUUUGCCCGCGGUGCCGUUUUACACUCAAGUCUUAUGGAGAACAGCCCCUAAAGGCCAGCGCUGAGUAACUCCCACUCUAUGGGAAAAACAGCAGAAGAGGAGAGAGACAAAUAAGAGGGGAUGAGAGAAAGCAAUUAAAAGGAGGAAGGAAGGAGCCAAACGCAGACAAGAUAAUCAACCCCAAAGGCUGCAUUCGGAGGCCCACACACACACACACACACACACACUCUAAUUUGAGCUUGGUACUUCGGCCAUAUGUCUGCUAAUGGACACCAUGGCCACGUAUUCCAGUGGUGUGCACGUGUGGGUCUCCAGCCUUUUGCAAUGCAAGAAGUCUCGUUGAGGCAGCAAGCUUGAUUGUUCUCUUAUUCUCUCAUUGACAGUAGAACACUCUAAAUGGGCUGGGAUUAUCAUUUUUUAAAUGUAUUUAUUUGAUUAUUUAUCAUUUUUAAGGCUGUUGUGCAUUGUGUAAAGUGUGGUGUGUAGUUAUUGUUUGCUGAUAUUGAACUUGUGUUAC